AUGCCCAUGAACAUGACCAAAACCAUGAAUAUGCACACGAGCUUCUUUUGGGGCAAACACGUCACCAUCUUGUUCGACGGCUGGCCCGGCUGCCUCGGGAUGUACGUUCUGGCCCUAAUGGCCGUCUUAUUGCUGGCGGCGACCGUCGAGAUGCUACCGGCGGCAGCGGUUUCCAAGCAAAGGGGCAAGGCGGCGGCGGCGGUGAGCGGCGCCGUACAUGGGUUGCGUAUGUGUUUGGCUUACCUGGUCAUGCUUUCUGUCAUGUCCUUUAAUGUUGGGGUUUUUGCGGCGGCGGUGGCAGGCCACGCCGCCGGCCGACUUGUGGUCAGGUAUAGGGAGUUGACGGCGGUGGGCCACACUGUUGAUUUUUAA